UAUCUACUUUAACGAAAACCAAAUCUUUUCUUUAUCCAUCUUCAGAAAAAAGAAAAAGAAAAAGCAUAUAUCUAUUUUCUUCGUCUGUUGCAAGUGCAAACCAAAGAUCCAAAGAACAAAACCCGAACCUACGAGAAAGAUCCACUUGGAAUUUGAAGUCGCAGCUAACAAGAAAACUAGAGACAAGGACCCUUUCUCUCUAUCCACUUCAAGGUCGCGUUUGAUCUGCCAAAAAGACCAUCAGGAUUAAACCCGUCAUAAUUGUGUUAUUACAAUGAAGCAUAUUGUUAAAAUAAUGGGAAUUCUAGUGGCCAUCACUGCCUUUUGGAUUGGUCUCUUGCAAACUUCUGUUGUUCCUCUUACACAUACUUGGUUGCUACCCAUCUACUUUAUUAUAUCAUUGGGAUGUUAUGGUUUGUUAAUGGUUGGUAUUGGUUUAAUGCAAUUUCCAACUUGUCCUCAAGAAGCCAUUCUUUUGCAGCAGGAUAUCGUUGAGGCCAAGGGAUUUCUAAAGCAAAAAGGGGUUGAUGUUAGUUCAGAUUGAUAAAUGCUCAUAACUCCUAUGCCUAGAAAAUCAAUGGCGAACUCUCUCAAGUUUUGAGCAAUCUGCCAGUGGGAUCGGAAUGCCAAGUUUUGCCACCUGAUUAAAUUUUUGCCAAGAGUUGCAACACUGAAAUCUAAUUUGGUUUGGGGUUCUAAACCAGCCUAAGAAUUGUGUAGGAAAACAAACUAGAUUUUAGCUUUUUACUUUUUUCCUUACAAUUUUUCUCACUUUCUUUUCCUUUUUACUGUUGGGAGUUGAGAAUUGUGGCCAAUUACUCUUAUUGAUCAUGCUUAGAUUAUAACUUAACCUCAAGUCAUGCCUACCAUUCUCAUUGUCCUCUUAACAUUUUGCAAAAUCGAAACUUUAUUUUUUUA